CACUCAGCAGCCAGGUCCCGGCCUCCUAUCAGAACAAGCUAUGGCGACCAUUCACAAGCAGAUGUUGCAGCCCCUCGUUUGGAGUUCCACUGAUUGGAUCAUGGUGUAAGCUUGCAACGAGAUGAGGCGGGGUAUUUGAGAGCUUGUUUGAGGAGUUUCGAGCUUGUUUUCUCAACCACAACUUCGACCUUCAUACCUACUUUUACAACCUCAACACCAAACACAAACCCUUCAAAUCCAUCAAUCCCCAUCAUCCUCCUCAUUCUCCAAAAUCAAACAAACAGAAUGGACUUCAUCAAAAAAGCCGUAGGAGCCGACUCCCAAGACUCCACCACCAACACCACCUCUCAACAAACCCAACAAACCCAACAACACACCUCCUCCUCGUCAUCAGGAGAAUACAACCAACACUCUUCUUCCACCGAAAAGAAAGAAGGAGGCGGUGGAUUCCUCUCAGGCAUCACCGAAAAACUCAACGGCGCAGCAGGAGGAGGAAAAGAAAGUGAGAAGAAUGAGGAUUAUUUGGAUAAAGGUAUCCCAUUCCCCCUUCCCCCUCCACACCCCUCCUUUCCCCUUUCCCCCACACACCCCCCAAAUCACAAAUAAAAAUAAAUAAAAACUGAUGAUAAACAAAACAGGCGUAGACUUCGUCCAACAACACAUCCUCGGCCAAGGCCCCCAAGACAACGAGUCCGCCAUUGAACAAGCGAAAGAUGAGAAGAUCAGUGAUUUCAUAAGGGGGAAGUAUAAGGAUACUACCGGUAAGGAGAUUCCGAUCGAGGAUAAGAAGACGACUUGGGGUUAG